UGCAAUCUGAAAAAUGAUCAACGACAACGGAUCUUGUGCAUGUGGCCGAUCGAAGUAUCGUACGUUACUUCGAAGCUUGCUCGCGGGAGGCAACGGCAUAGUAGGAAAAACGAUGCAAGUGAAGUGUAGCAGAGUCUGUGAUACUUGUUGAGGUUCGCUUUUAUUUUGCUCUGGGGACAUCACUAGUAAAGUAUUGUAAUUUGUGUGCAAUUAUUUGCUACUAGGAGCUAAUUUUUAGUUAUUUGCCGUGACCUGGAAGCGCUCUGCUACCUGCUCUCAAACACAUCGGUUUGACAUUGUCAUGGCAUCGCGAAAUCCUGGACAGAGGUCUGCGCCAGCAGGCGCCCAAGCUGGCAGAGUAUGCCAGUUCAAGUUGGUGCUUCUGGGAGAGUCCGCCGUCGGUAAAUCUAGCUUGGUGCUAAGAUUCGUCAAAGGUCAAUUUCAUGAAUAUCAAGAAAGUACAAUAGGAGCAGCUUUUCUUACCCAAACUGUUCAGCUGGAUGAUGCAACGGUGAAGUUUGAAAUUUGGGACACUGCUGGACAGGAGCGGUAUCAUAGUCUAGCUCCAAUGUACUAUCGUGGAGCCCAGGCUGCCAUCGUUGUGUACGAUAUCACCAACCUAGACUCGUUUGGUCGAGCAAAGACAUGGGUGAAGGAGCUCCAAAGGCAGGCCAGUCCAAAUAUUGUCAUUGCACUGGCUGGCAACAAGUCUGAUUUGGCCAACAAACGCAUGGUGGAUUUGGAUGAGGCACAGGCAUAUGCAGAUGAUAACAAUCUCCUGUUUAUGGAGACAUCAGCGAAAACUGCAAUGAAUGUCAACGAAGUGUUCAUGGCAAUCGCAAAGAAGCUGCCGAAAGGUGAUCCGGCAGGAAGCGGCCGGCAAGGCGGCAAUCCACGAGGUGGUGGAGUCGAUCUAAAAGAAAAGCCCAAUGAAGGAGGUGGAUGCUGCUAACACGCACAUACACAACCAGACACUAGUGUUCCACUCUUCCUGUAUGAAGUCGCAUGUGUGGUUGGGUACAGCUACUACAUGCCACGUCCCAGUGAUAGCCGAAGUCACGUACGUCCUUGGUGUUUUAUAUCUCUUUUGCAAAUUUUCUUUAAGACUGUCAAGUACUGGUUUAUGUUCGUUUUGUCCUAGGAGGUAUUUCUCAUUUUACGUCGCCCGUCCUAGUAUGUACCGCUACUGGUGUAGUUGUCUGUAGGGUCAACCCCCCUCCCCCUUACGUUAGGCAGAUAGACCGUUAGUUGCAUAUCUUAUAAAUACGUACAAACAACCUGUUCUUGACAAAUCAUCUGAACUCACAACGACCCAUGCUCUCUUGGACCACUCUAUAAAGUCGUUGUCAUCAUGAAAGUCACGUCACGCUGUCAGCGUCUCAUACAAACGCCGAUCAUGAAAGAGGAUUUAUUUUUUCGUCCACGUCCUUCGAGAGAUCUCAUGUAAAAAUUAUUCUUUCUUCUGCUGUUACUUUUUAAUAAACUAUUUGUCAAUUUGAUGACGCAGGGAUGCGCUGGGUGCUUUUGUUAUAAUAAUUAUACUUUGCCCACAACUGCUUAUAGAUUUCACUUAUUACGUUCUUGAAACAUUUUAAAAUUUUAUUACCAUUACCAUCGUGUGCGCCCGGAUUGGUUGUGAAUAUAAUUGUGGAGCUUUCCAUGUGAGGCUUUACUCUCUCGA